CUCAGUGGUGGAAAAUGUAAUCAAAAUACCUAUAAAUAACUUAAUAGCAGUGACUGUUAAAGCUUUAAAAGAUUAAAUUACUAUUUGGUAAUUUUCUAUUAAAGAAGUUUACCUAAGUCUAAUCGAAAUGUCACGUCAAUCGAAACAUUCGAUAAAGAAAAACGAUUUCGAAUCACAUCUGGAAUAAUCCAUCGCUUUGAAGACUUGACAUAAAGUUGUGUAAAUACAUUUUAUAAAUAAAACCGAAUGAAGAAUUUAUUAUUGAAAAUAUUUCAAAACCUCAAAGACUUACGAGGUAGUAAGGUGUAUUUUUCUUUGCACCUGUGUACUCGUGAAAACAGAUGUUUCAGUUUGAAAAUCCAAUUGAAGUGUAGUGAUUUAUAUCUGAAAUGGUGUACAAAAGUGUUUACUUCAAGGACUAUCCUUACGAGUAUUUGCGAUGCAAGACUGAUGUGCUGCCGUGGAAUAUGGAGACCAGGGCUGAUGAUGAAGAGGCUCCCACUGACCCAGCUGCGAGGAAACAAACCCAUCACGAUUACACUGAACAGGAUUUUGAAGGGCACCGGGCUCAUACAGUCUUCGUUGGGGUCCACGUGCCGGCCCGGCGACACUCCCAUAGGAAACACAAGCACCACCAUCGCAAUGGGGAUAAGGAUGCUGACAGGCCAGGACCCCCUAUAAUGGCUCGCGUCAGAAGAUUGAGCGUCACGGAUGACGGCGAAACAUUAACACCACCAGCGCAAAGAGUACAAUUUAUACUUGGUGAGGAUCUUGACGAUGGCACCCUCGAAUCGCAUCCCCUGUUUUCUGAGAUGGAAGAGCUGGUUAAGGAUGGAGAUGAACUGGAAUGGAAAGAAACAGCACGAUGGAUUAAAUUCGAAGAAGAUGUGGAGGAAGGUGGCAAUAGAUGGUCGAAGCCUCACGUGGCUACGUUAUCUCUUCACUCACUCUUCGAACUCCGAAGCCUAAUACUAAACGGAUCAGUAAUCUUGGAUAUGGAAGCGAAUUCUUUAGAACAAGUAGCCGAUCAUGUUCUGGACAGCAUGGUAGCUGACGGAUCUUUAGGAUAUGAUAGUAGAGAGAAAGUGAAAGACGCUUUGCUAAGAAGACAUAGGCAUCAACAUGAGAGGCGAAAUCACAAUAACAUGUCACGACUACCUUUAAUCAGGUCGCUUGCUGAUAUUGGACGGAAUCAUUCUUCUUGUAAAAAUUUGCAGGAAGGUGGCUCUCGACGCUCCAGUGCGAGGAGUUGUCGGGGGUCCACCUCUUCGCCCCAUACUGCUCUUCUUCAAGCAUCUGAUGCCAGAGGCUCGUAUCUGGCAGUGCCCGGUCAGGCGAGCGAUUGGAACGGUUCCGGCCAUGAUGAAGGUAUGGUGAAAAGCCCCAGUAGUCUUUCAAUGCAAAGAAACCAUAGUUCUGGUGAUCUACCAAUGAAUGGCGAUAUAAACCACAAAAGCAACGUGAAUUUUAUGCGUAAGAUACCACAAGGGGCUGAAGCUUCUAACAUAUUAGUCGGUGAAGUAGACUUCCUUGAAAAGACUCUCUCAGCUUUCGUCAGACUUAAAACUGGAACUAUAAUGGGAGAUCUUACAGAAGUACCAGUACCGACUCGAUUUAUGUUCGUGUUAUUAGGACCACCGAACAGUAAUUCUAGUUUCCACGAAAUCGGACGGGCAAUGGCUACGUUGAUGUCGGAUGAAAUAUUUCAUGAAGUUGCCUACCGCGCAAAAAAGAGAGAUCACUUGCUAGCUGGUAUAGACGAGUUUCUGGAUGCUGUAACGGUCUUACCUCCCGGAGAAUGGGAUCCAGCAAUACGUAUUGAACCUCCUGCUGCUAUCCCUUCUCAAGACCCCCGAAAACGGCCAAAUGAUAAUAAUCCAAAAGACGAACCUGAUGAAGAAGAAGAAGAACAGAGACAGAGAGAAGAAUCAGGGUUAGCAAGAACUGGAAGACUGUUUGGAGGAUUAGUUAAUGAUCUAAAAAGGAAAAGGCCCUGGUAUUGGUCGGAUUUCAAAGACGCAUUAGCAUUACAAUGUAUAGCUUCGUGGAUUUUCCUCUACUUUGCUUGUCUAUCUCCUAUCAUAACCUUUGGAGGCUUGUUAGGAGAGGCAACUGGAAAGAACAUGGCAGCCAUGGAAUCUCUCGUAUCAGGAUUCGUAUGUGGCAUGGGCUAUGGGUUUUUUUCAGGACAACCUUUGACAAUUUUAGGAUCUACAGGGCCUGUACUAGUAUUCGAAACUAUAGUGUUUGAAUUCUGCCGACAGCUGGGUUGGAAUUACAUGUCAUUUAGGUUUUGUAUUGGAACAUGGAUAACCAUAAUAUUGAUAAUUCUGGUAGCAAUAGAUGCGAGUGCAUUAGUCUGCUACAUCACGAGGUUUACCGAAGAAAACUUUGCCACUUUAAUCGCGUUUAUAUUUAUUUACAAGGCAGUGGAAAAUGUAAUUUCUAUCGGCAAGAAAUACCCUCUAAAGACACGCCCUGAUGAAGUUCUCAAUUAUGAGUGCUACUGUUUACCAAGUAAUUACUCCAGAGUGCCCGAGCAGUUUAAUUGGUCGUUAGUCGACAAGGAGUCUUGUCAGCUUUAUAAUGGUACUCUGGCAGGAGGAGGAUGUGAUACGAAAGUUUACGUGCCGGACGUAUACUUGAUGUCGAUCAUUUUAUUCUUGGGAACUUUUACGAUAUCAAUCAUUUUAAAGGACUUCAAAAAUUCUUUAUUUUUCCCAUCUAAGAUCCGACAAGUCAUCAGUGAUUUUUCUGUAAUUAUUGCAAUCUUAUCAAUGUCCUUCUUAGAUUACAAAGUGGGUGUUAAAACACCAAAACUCGAAGUGCCGUCUGAAUUUAAGCCUACUCUCCCGACACGAGAAUGGGUCAUAACACCAUUUAAUGGAAACCCUUUUUGGUCCGCCAUCAUUGCUAUAUUACCAGCACUUUUAGGCACAAUAUUAAUAUUCAUGGACCAGCAAAUAACUGCUGUGAUAGUCAAUAGGAAAGAGAACAAAUUGAAGAAAGGAUGUGGCUAUCAUUUGGACUUGUUCGUCUUAGCGAUCUUGAUACAGAUUUGCUCGAUUAUGGGGUUGCCAUGGUUUGUGGCGGCUACAGUUCUAAGCAUCAACCACGUGAACUCCUUGAAAGUAGAAUCUGAAUGUGCAGCUCCAGGAGAAAAGCCCCAAUUCUUAGGAGUAAGAGAGCAAAGAGUGACCCAUAUUUUGAUAUUUUUAACAAUAGGCUGUUCAGUUGUUCUGACUCCAAUAUUGAGCCAUAUACCAAUGCCUGUACUUUUUGGAGUUUUCUUAUACAUGGGGGUUGCAUCUUUGAAAGGGCUUCAAUUCUUUGACAGAAUUCUGAUCAUGUUUAUGCCGCAAAAAUAUCAACCCGAUCACAUGUUCUUGAGACAGGUGCCAAUACGUCGAGUCCACAUUUUCACAGCAAUUCAAUUGACAUGCCUUAUUUGCCUUUGGGUGAUAAAAUCGUUCUCGUCCACCUCUAUUCUGUUCCCGCUCAUGUUGGUAGUAAUGAUCGGGAUCAGGAAAUCCUUGGAUUUCUUUUUUACUCGACGAGAAAUGAAGAUCCUGGAUGACGUAAUGCCAGAAAUGACCAAGCGGAAUCAGGACGAAUUACGGGAGCUGGGAGACGCAGAGGUAACGAACAAAAGCAAUCCUCCGCCGUACCAGGAAAACCUACAAAUCCCGUUGAUCAAUGGUAACAUAAUGAACAUACCAUUAGCGUCAAUAAACAUAUCGGAAGAGGUAAACAAGACGGGAAUAUGGAAACAAGUCAAUAAUGAUAACAAGAACAAAAAAGGCGAAUCGAAGGAUUUCAAACACAAAGGAGGGAAGAAAAAUAUCAAGCACAAGAAACUGAUGUCCAAAACCACACUAUCCGAGAUUGAGAGGCGUCUAUCAACCAUGGAUGAGGCGGAUGAAGAGGAUUCCACGAAGAAUGAAGUAAGACGCAAGGAGUCGUGGAGCGGAAGUAGAAAGAUUGACUCUAGGAAAAAUAGUACAUCAGCUGAAACUUCGGUCUAAAGCAUUUGUAUUUAAAUGUGCCUUCGUGAUAUAACCUCGGGCAUGGCAAGGCUUGAACUGUAUGAAAAAUAGACAAAGCUGAAAGAUGAACUUUGACAAAAAACAUAUUUGCUAACAAAGUCAGUACAUUAUUUACUUUGGUUUUAGUUCUACUGAACUUGUACAGAAAAUAACAAAAAAGUAACUAGUAAGAUCAUCUAUUUUAGUGGCUUGGUGAAGCCUUGAUGAUACAAUUAAAAACACUGGAUUUAGGUAACCAUAUUAUAUGAUAAAAUAUAAUGUAGUCACGAGCAAAUUCUACAAUGUAUUAACUUUGGAAAGUUACUACUUUAGAAGUUGAUUUUCCACCAUAUAAUUAUAGUGUAUGGUGUAGAUUUGAUCACGAUUGUUAUCAAGUACAAUCUCAUACAGAAUUUAAAAUACAAUUCAUUUUAAAAAGUAUGCCAGAGUUUUUAUCAUGACGGUACUUAUAGUAUUUUAUUAUUGCCUUGUAAGACAUAAUACACGCUUAUUCAUAUUAUAUUUUUUUACAUAAACAUUCCAAUCUGCAUAGUUUUAUAGUUAGUAUUAUAUCUGUGGUUAUAGGUACAUUUUGUAAGACAACCUUUUGAGUAGGUAUUUUACUGGUAAUUUGUAACUGUUUUAACCUUGGAAAAUAUGUUUGUUGUAAUAUGUAUUAAUAGAAAUAAUAAAUAACCACCAUUGAAGCUGCGUUUCCACCGAAGAUGUGCGCGAUUUAGGAAUAUAUCAGUACAUUUUUUUUUAUGCAAGACAAGGCAGGUUAUUGACCGCAAUCGCACCUGGUGUUAAGUGAGAUGCAGUCUAGGAUGGUACAUAUUACUUCCAUUUUCUAUGACUUGGUUAGAGCAGCUGUAAUGAAAAAGACUAAAAAAAAGACGAGAGAUGUUUAUGUCAUCGUAAAAUUAUGAACUCCGUCAGAUUAUAAUAUGACGUAGUUAAAUUAUAAUGUAACCUAACCUACGCACGCGUAUAAGGCGAUGUAGUUAGCAAACGCACACAGCUGAACAACAGUCAGUAUACCAACUAGCUUCGAUGAAAAAGGUCCAUAAAAGUUUCCAUGGUACCGCUAAGUAUUUUCCUCGCAUCUUUAAUGGAAACGCAACCCUAAUCAAUUAUUUUUAUAUAGGAAACUUGAAAUUUUAGCACAAACUAUUUAAAUAAUUAUUGUAAUCGUGUACAUACAAUUUAAGGGUGUUAUUUGAAUUAGAAACAGUACUUAACGUAGUUACCAAAAUUAGGUGAUUUAAAAAUGCGUUAGAGACUUGAACAUGCAAUUUCAUAAAAAAUCCUACUUCAAUUAAAAUACUCGAAACGAGCACAGAUAGUCAUAAUAACAUAACAUACUUAUUUACUUUUUAUAGUCUGGUC